AUGUUUCCAAAAUUUUAUGAUAAAGGAAAUCGUGUAUCACGUCAAAAUCACCGUGGUGUUGGUAUUAAAUCAUGGCGUUUAAUUGUACGAAAUUUACCCUACAAAACAAAAAAAGCUGAAUUAGAGGAAAUAUUUCAAAAGUAUGGAGUUAUACAAGAAAUAGUAUUACCUCCUAAUAAAGAUACAAGAAAAUUUAAAAAAUGUUGUGCUGGAUUUGCUUUUAUACAAUAUAAAAGAAAGGAAGAUGCUGAAAAUGCAUUGAAGGGAGAAAAUUUUAAGGAAUACAAAAAAAGAAAAAUAGCCAUAGAUUUUUCGCUUGACAAGGAGGAUUAUAUUUAUAAUAAAAGUUCACAAAAUCCUGAUGAUAUGUCAGAAAUUUUGAAAAAAGUUUUGACAGAUAGAAAAAGAAAAAGUACUGAUGAUGGUGAUGAAAAUGUUAAAAAGAUAAAGGAAGAAGUUAUGGAUGAUGAUGAAUCUGAAAUAACUAAAAAAAUGGAAGUUAAAAAGUCAAAAAUGACUGAUUCUGGAGGGAAACAUACUAAUGGAAAAAAAUUAAAUGAUAAAAAAAAUCAGAAAAUGGUUGCUAAUAAGAAAUUGGAUGAUGAAGAAGAAGAGUUAGAGGAUGAGGAGGAAUUAGAAGAUGAAGAAGACUUGGAAGAUGAGAGAGAAAUGGAGAAUGAAGAAGAAUUAGAAGAUGAAGAAGAGUUGGAGGAUGAGGAAGAAUUAGAUGAUGAAGAAGAAUCUGAAGACGAGGAAAUUAAACAAGAGAAUGAAGAAAUGGAUGAUGAAGAUGCUGAAAAAGAUGGUGAUAAAAAAGUUCAAAGAAAAGAGGAUAUUGCUGUGUUGGAGAAACGUGUUAUUUUUGUACGAAAUUUACACUAUGAUGUUAUGGAAGAUGAAUUAUCUGAAGCUGUUGCUGAUUGUGGAACAAUAGAACUUUGUAUAAUUUGUAGAUAUAAAGAUUCAGAACAUUCAAUGGGAACUGGUUUUAUACAUUUUUCUACACCUGAAGAAGCACAAAAAUGUUUAGAAAAAAUGGAAUCACCAAAAGGAGUUGUUCUGGAGAAUCGUCGUGUUGCUGGUUACCUAGCUGUCCCAAGGACAGAAGCCUCAACUUUAAAAGGUGGAGAAAGAAAAUUACCAGAAAAACGGGAUAAAAGAAAUUUAAAAUUAUUAAAAUAUGGACAUAUUAAAAAAGGAACAGCACAAGCUAAAAAUAUGUCAGAACAUGAUACUAAAAAACGAAGUGAUCUUGCUCUUGCUGCAAAGAAAAAAUUAAAAAAUCCUCUUAUGUUUGUUUCUGAUAGGCGUUUAGUUAUUCAUAAUAUUCCCAAAAAUAUAGAUGAUAAAAAAUUAUAUGAUAUGUGUAAAACUCAUUGUGGAAAUAAAAAUGGAAAAAUAACAGAAUGUAGAAUUUGGAGAGAAAAACCUACUUAUGGUAAUGAUCCUAAGAAAGGUAAAAGUAAAGGAUUUGGUUUUGUAGCUUUUGAGGAACAUAAAGAUGCAUUAUUCUGUUUAAAACAAUUAAAUAACAACCCUAAGUUGUUCACUGACGAGAAAAGACCAAUUGUUGAAUUUUGUGUUGAAAAUUUAAGUGCUAUUCGAGCAAAAGAGAAAAGAAAAGAAAAAUCCAAACAAACAAGUAAAUAG